AUGCGGUACGGGCUCUCCUACCUUGUUACAGCGGCAGCGGCGGUUGUGUGGUGGUCUGCUGCUGUUGUCGUGGCAUCGGCCGAUCUGGAAGCAUCCCUUCUGAGCGAGUUCCGCAUGGCAAUGCUUGCCCCCCGGCAAGCCGGCACGAACCUGCAGGUCUUUACGGGCGCCUUGGGAGGCGUGAGGGCCUCCCCCAUUGUUAACUCGGGCAAUCCGGAGAGGCCGUUUGAGGUCGAUGGCGACACCUUUCGUGAUUACCAGACGGCCGCGAACCGGGCAUGCGAUAACCAGAAGAAUGCAUGUGCCGACCUGGCGAACAACGGGACUGGUGCAUUCUCCGUCGGCGAAUGUGACCAGCAGACUGAACGGUGCAAGAGCGCGGCGACAGCGGCAACCGUCACGUCUUUCUCACCACCGGUGCUGGUGAGUUCAAACGACCAAUUCGAUUUCUUCUGCGACGUGUAA